UUUUCGCGUUAUUUUAUCGAGCUAACUCUGUAACGAUUAUCACAUUAUUCCCAAUGGAAUGCGCACGCACACGAAUUUCGAUAAUAUACACGUAUAUAUUAUAUAUAUAUAUAUAUAUAUAUGGAUUUUAGGGACCUGUUAGGAAAAGCGGAGGUAAUAACGAUAAUAACGACGACAGCGGAACACAAUUGGCACCCGGUGGAUAGAGGGAUAGGUAGUGUUAGAAGGCGGGUAUUGGGGUAGUUGUCGGUGGUUCGGGCACGGGAGGAAGACGCGUAAAUAGUGAUCGGAGUAUUGGACCACCGCUCGGCGGCGGGGUCGGCAGCACGGAGGGUUUCAUUCAGAGUGCGACGCGUGGGCGUCGCGACAGACCCCUAUAAAACCUCACCCCGGCCGGGCGGAUCGUGACAGUCCCGGAACAAACGCCGAGCACACGACACGUCGCCGCCACUGGCGUAGUCACAAUACCACUAGUAAGAAAAAAAUAUUCACACGGUGACUAGGAAAGACGAAAAUAUUUACGAAAAAAAAUAUAACAACCAAAAAGCAAACCAUGAACUUGUUCACUGCUUUAAACGUGGUCAUCGCGGCGACUAUGGUAACGUGCCUAGCGUGGCCGACCACGGCCCAAGUGCAUAACAUGAACCGAUACGGAAAACAGCAAUUGACCCAAAAACAGUAUCGAUACGGUAAUCCGACAUGGGCGAACGGAGUUAACCGGGCUGGCGGUUGGGCAUCGUCGUCAUACGGCAACAUGAUGAGACAUUAUCCAAUGUCGAUGGCCCGAUACGGAGCGAUAAUGGGCGGCGGUAGACAAACAUUGUCACCAGACGACUAUUACGACAGCGAAGUUAGAUCGGUCGCGUACAACCCCAGCCCUAGACGGUACGACCGGUUAGACUACGCUGUAGUCAGGUACCCAAGUUAUGGCGCUGGUUAUGGCGGUUACGGCGGUUACGGCGGUUACGGUUACUAUCCGGUAGCUAGUCUAGGCGCGUCCGGUGGUGACAGUGGCGUUGUCGUCGACGACGAUUUGUUGUACGACGAUGACGAUGACGACCGCGACCGCGACCGCGACGACGACGACGACGACGACGACGUCGACGAUGUGUUUGGAGAUCGUACCGGACAAAUGGCCGCAGCGUCGAUCAAUAGGUACGAGCCUGUCACUUCGAGAUAUCCGAUGACUGACAAGAUACAUAAUUACCGAAAGGUGUUUAUGGCGAAUCUCGUAUCACCCUCUAAUGCGUUCAAGUCACCCAAAGAACGGCAGCUGUAUGAUUUUUGGGAAUCUCUGAUAAACGGCGACUUGGAUGACAUGCAGCAAACCGACGACACUGCCGGACAACGUCUGGACCGGGACCGUCAGCAUCAGUCGCCGUUGGACUAUGGAUCCGCCACUUCGUUGUUAUACCAGCACUUGCCGCCAAUAUUUCUGAAGCUACAACAACAGCAACAGCAGAAGCAGAAGUUACAGAAUCAACAGCACCUGCUGAAACAGCAUUAUAAAUCGGUAGACGAACAAACAACUCCACCGCCGCCAGCACCGCCUUCAUCAUCUUACUCUGCGCUGUCGUCGCCAAUGCAGACCGCACAACGCGGAAAUUUCUACAAGCAGUGGGCGAACGGAUCGCCACUUAUCAAGAGGUCUUCGUUCGGUAGAGUCCAGCAGGUGUCACCAUUAUCAUCUCUACCAUCGUCAUCAUUAUCAUCGACUUUGGACAACGACGACGUGCGGCAGUUGCAAGAGCUCAAAUCUAACAACAGUGUAACCAAUACGACAGCCACGGCGACAACAAUGACCACAUCGACCACUACCACGGUCGCCGGUACGAGUACUGCGACCGCUCCAUCACUACCCAUGGCGGAUGGAGGACAGAGAGAGUUUGUGCUACCCAGACCGGCGGGCGAGAAGACAGAUUUAGAGAAUCUAUUGGAGGUGAUCGCCGAAGGUGGUCUUCGCAGAAAUUACGGCGAAAACGAAAAUUUUCCACAAGAUGUUAAAGUGAAUAAGAAAAGAUCAUUUGUUUCUGAUGAGACGUCGCUGGCAGCUCAACUUGGUGCGCUUCGAAAAAAUUAAGAUGACCUUUCUAUUGUACGAAGAAUAAGAUUUGUUAAGUUCGUCAAAUCGGAGUUUACUAAAAACUAUAUGAUAAUAGUAGUGUAAAUAAUAAAUUUUCUUUUUUUCAAUACGUUCGCUUACGUGUCAAGUCAAUUUCCUAACCAUUCUUCUUUUUUUAUUUACAUUUUUAAAAGCAUGUAUGCACUUUUUAAUUUUAUUCUCCUUCUCCGUUAAAAUAAACUUAUUGUCGGAUACCACAUAAUAUUGUUUGUUUUAAUAACAUAAUUUUAUUAAGGAGCGAAGACUGAAUGAAACGAUUCAUUGUACCUAUUAUACAUGCAUUUAUAGUGUCUAUAUAAAAAUUACAACACAAAUUAUCACCUGUAAGCGUAAAGGUCGGUGUUUCUUGUUUAAGUAUUAAUUUUACUCUGAAUAUUAUUAAUCAAAUUGCCGUCUACCACUUAUAUAUUAAUCCUAUUUAUAUUUUAUAUUGUCUUAAUACUUAAUAUUUUGUAUGCUGCCCAUUCUUGCACUUUUAUGUAAUU